UAGAAGAAGAAGAAGAAUCGAUUACCAGUAAAAUGGCCGAUCGAGUUCAUCCAAUUCCAACACAUACAGACACUACUCCGGUCACCGUCUCCGGCGACAUGUCCGAACUUCCUAAACAGCCUUCCCAGCCAAUAACAGAGAAGCCAGUGAUUUCGCCGGGAACUUACGUCAUCCAGAUACCAAAAGACCAGAUCUACAAAUAUCCUCCACCGGAAAACGCUCAUCGACAACGGCUCUACGCUCGCAAAGGAAUUUCUCGCCGUCGCACUUGUCGCCGGUGCCUCUGCUACACCUUCGGCAUACUCGCCUUACUCGUCUUCCUCCUCGGUAUAACCGCCGGUAUCCUCUACCUCGUUUUCAAACCUGAAUCUCCAAAAUACUCAAUCGAAACCGUCGCUAUCCGCGGAUUCAACCUCACGUCAUCCUCUUCAAUCUCGCCGGAGUUUGACGUCACCGUCCGAGCGGAAAAUCCGAACAACAAGAUCCGUAUCUAUUACCAGAAAGGAAGCGCGGUUACGGCUUAUUACUCGAACGUAGAACUAGCUAACGGAGUAUUACCGGCGUUUCACCAAGGUUCAAAUAACUUGACGAUUUUCCAGACGACGUUAAAAGGAUCUGGUAUUCUACUUACCGGCGCUAUGAAUUCUGAAAUAACGGCUGGUGCGAAAGAAGGUAAGGUACUGAUGAAGGUGAAUAUAAGAGCUCCGGUUAAAGUGAAGAUCGGAGCGGUUAAGACGUGGAAAAUAACUGUUAAGGUUAACUGUGACGUGACGGUGGACAGUUUAACGGCGGCGGCGAAGAUCGUAUCGCGGGACUGCAAAUAUAAGGUCAGGUUGUGGUAGGAGGUUGAAGAAGGAGAGACUGUUAUAUUUGCACAGAAAAUAUUUAAAAAUUAUUAUUACGCAUAUAGAAAUAUAAUAUAAUAUAAUGUGAAUUUACGUUACCACAUUUUUGUUUUUAGUUCUAUAUGUUUGUAUCCAUUUAUACAAAUCGGAAUAAAUGACUCCUUAGUUAUUACU